GUCAGCGGAAGUGAGGGCGAGUGAAGCUGGGCGGCCCGCUGUGGUAGGAGGGGCCGUGAGGUGAGUGAAUCCGGAGCCGCAGUCUGAGGAAGAGAAGUCUGGUGUUCCUUGAGAUGGCCUGAUAUGAAGGCGUCACACUCCCUGCCUCCCCAAGCCUCUAGCGCUGCCCGGUGGCUGCCUUGUCCUUCAAGUGCAGGAGCCAGUUGAAACGUCAGGAAUGGAAGCCAAUGUGACCAUCCCAAUCUGGCAAAAUAAGCCGCAUGGCGCUGCUCGAAGUGUAGUGAGGAGAAUUGGGACCAACUUGCCCCUGAAGCCAUGUCCCCGGGCAUCCUUUGAGACCCUGCCCAACAUCUCUGACCUGUGUCUGAGGGAUGUGCCCCCAGUUCCUACCCUGGCUGACAUCGCCUGGAUUGCUGCAGAUGAAGAGGAGACUUAUGCCCGGGUCAGGAGCGAUACACGCCCCCUGAGGCACACCUGGAAGCCCAGCCCUCUGAUCGUCAUGCAGCGCAAUGCCUCAGUGCCCAACCUGCGUGGGUCGGAGGAGAGGCUCCUGGCCCUGAAGAAGCCAGCCCUGCCAGCCCUCAGCCGCACCACUGAGUUGCAGGAUGAGCUGAGCCACCUGCGCAGCCAGAUUGCCAAAAUAGUGGCAGCUGAUGCAGCUUCGGCUUCUUUAACGCCAGAUUUCUUAUCUCCAGGAAGUUCAAAUGUCUCUUCUCCCUUACCUUGUUUUGGAUCCUCAUUCCACUCUACAACUUCCUUUGUCAUUAGUGACAUCACCGAGGAGACCGAGAUAGAGGUCCCUGAGCUUCCAUCAGUCCCCCUGCUUUGUUCUGCCAGCCCUGAAUGUUGCAGACCAGAACACAAAGCUACCUGCAGCUCAUCUGAAGAGGAUGACUGCGUCUCUCUGUCCAAGGCCAGCAGCUUUGCAGAUAUGAUGGGCAUCCUAAAGGACUUCCACCGGAUGAAGCAGAGCCAAGACCUGAGCCGGAGUUCACUGAAGGAGGAAGAUCCUGCUGUUCUUAUCUCUGAAGUCCUAAGGAGGAAGUUUGCUCUGAAGGAAGAAGAUAUCAGUAGAAAAGGGAACUGAUAUCACUCAGCUCUGCAACUCAGUCUCACGCUCCUGGAAUUCCUUCAGUAGCUGCCUUCCUCACCGCAGAUGUUUCUGCCCAUCAGUUAAAAAUCUGCAACAGUCUUGCUGAAAGCUAGAGCUUGGACUAAGAAGAGCUGCAUUAUGUUUUCCAUACUCAAACCUAAGAAGCUAAAGGACUGUUUUGAGCUGAGACACAGGUAAUUAUAUACAUUGGAAAUGUCUCAAUUUAAAGGGUGAGAUACAACUUUCUGGUUUUUCUUUCUCUUGUGUGAAAGUAAGUCCUAAAUGAAAGACUGACUUCACUGCACUAGACCCCGUAACUGGUCUCACCGAACACUUUUUGUGCCCAGCUGUCACUCACUCUCAGCCGCUUCCUUGCAGCAGAGCAGGGCUGAGGGGAGGGGGCUAUAAAUGUAUGUGCACGUUCACAGGGCAGGGAAAAUCUUAUGCUGCUCCAUCAUGAACUGACACCAAUGCCCAGCAAUCAUUCUCUCCCCCUUCCCUGUCUUAACACUUACAUGUAGAGGUUGGGCCACUGGACCCACCGAGGCUUGGGAUACUGCUGGGAGGCCUGGGCUGUUUUUUUCUUAAAUAUAUUUUGUAAUACUGUACAACCAAAUCUACCCUCCAAGGCCCUGACGCCUCAUUGGUUCCACUGAUUGAAAGCUCUUUCUCUUCCAUGGACUUUAAGCCCAGCAGGGAAGAGAAAUGAAGAGGUGAAUCUUCCAGGCCCUUGACUGCUCCUUUGCGUGGGGCCAAGGUUUGUACUUACUAUACCAUGCAUGACUCAGAUGCCCUCAGGUCCUUUUCAUUACAGUAUGUAUCCUGUGUUUGGGUUGAAGCAUUACCUGACAUUAAAGGAAGGAUCUGGAGAGAUACUGCGUUGGUUGUGUCCAUCUCUUGAGUUGUGACCACCCAGUAUCCCCCACAGGUAUAGAAUUCCUAUUAAUUUCAAGGUAUAUGAGCUUUUGUAAACAGGUUCCUGCCUUUAUAGGAGGAAGCUUCUUCCCUAGGGAGCUUCUUGUUCCCUUUAGAAACACUUCUUAAAGCCAGUCCAUCCUAUAACUUGCACGCUUGCCCCUAGAGGCUUAUUUUUAAGCCUCCUACGUACCACACCUGCAACAUGGGAAACUGCUGCCCGGUGGAUGAUGUCUUGAAUAGAACACAAAUCAGAUUGGAUUCGUGUUCAGAUCAGACCCAUGGCAGUGACGGAACAUUGCUUUUUCAAAAAAACGAAAUUGGUAAUGUUUUAGUUACCAUCAGAGCCAGCUUUGUAAACAGUCAUUUAUUUGGAUUCAUAGUUUUACAAAGGGAGUUCUCUCCCACCUUAUAGUAGAAGAAUGAUACAGUCACGUUUAGAUCAUUAUAAGUCAGCCCUUUUCAGGGAGAUGUUUAAACAUAUAUAACCUUAAAAUGCUGUAAAGUUACCACAAAAAUAAAAUAAAAAAACUACUUAAUCAUUCUACUUCUGUCUAUCCUCCCUGCCCCUGUAUGCCUGGGUCUGGGAGAAUUGCCUCAUCACUCAAAAAAGUCAAGAAUAAUGGUGACAAGCUUAGGUUGAAUGGGUAAAAUUACAGCCAAAGAUUAGAAAAACACAUAUCCAUAAGCAGCAGCUUCCAAGUCAGAAGCAUCUAAAAGGGCAAAGAGGUCCCUCUGUGCAGGCUGUGUAGCGGGCUCUAGUGGAGGGAUGAGUACCUGCCCUGCCCCUUCAGUGCUCACCACAACUCAUGCAGGGAAUUCACCAGCCACCUCAUCCUCAGGGCAAGACAUGAAGCCAAUCACACUGUCAACAAGUGGUACCAUCUGCUUUAUUGACACUUAAGAAAAUGGUCAGUAACAACAGCUUCAUCCCAUGCUUCCCUCCCACCAAAGAUCAUUCUCCUGAAUGACCUUUCUAAAACAAAAAUCUUCCAUUCCCCUACUCAAACAUACCCCUUGAAGAUGUUUUCUUAUAUGUCAUUUCUAGGUACUUUUAGCACCACCCAAACCCUCACAAAGACAUUUAGGCUUGGUGCCUGAUAACUUGAUUACCUUCAGAGUCCUGGGUAAACAGCAAAUCAGGCUGCAGAUUGAACUGGGUGGUCCUGUCCUGGCACUGAGCCCAAAGGCUAUUAGGAACCUGCCCAUAGCCCUGAUUUUGGUCAUUGGUUACAUCUCGGAAAGGAGCUCUAGAGUUGUGGGCAAUGACCCGCUGGCCCUGAGAAUCCUCGGUGAAAAGCUGACUCCAGGAGUCCUUGU